AUGGGGCUGGAGCAGGAGAAGAGGGGCGCUGGAGGCAAACCGAGGCUCAGAGAAGUGAACUAUGGAGCCAAAAUCCGGGCCCCUCACGCGCUCGUCAUGACCUUUCUCUUCCGGAGUGGCAGCCUCCAGGAGAAGCUGCGGGCCAUCCUGCAAGCCACGUACACCCACUCCCGGAACCUGGCCUACUUUGUGUUCACCUAUAAGGGGCUCUGUGCCCUGCAGGCCCACGUGCAGGGCAAGACCUACCAGGUGCACUCGUUCCUGGCUGCCUUCAUUGGGGGCUUGCUGGUGUUUGGAGAGAACAAUAACAUCAACAGCCAGAUCAACAUGUACCUGCUCUCCCGCGUCCUGUUUGCCCUGUGCCGCCUGGGCGUGGAGAAGGGCUACAUUCCCGAGCCCAGGUGGGACCCAUUCCCCCUGUUCACCGGGCUGGUGUGGGGGCUGGUGCUGUGGCUUUUUGAGUACCACCGGCCCACUCUGCAGCCGUCCCUGCAGUCCUCCAUGACCUACCUGUACCAGGACAGCAAUGUCUGGCAUGACAUCUCAGACUUCCUCCUCUACAACAAGAGCCUCCCCUCGAAGUAACACGGCCCCAAGGUGCUGAUGGGGGCUUCCACAGCCGAGAUUGUCUCCAUCGGUGAAUCACCCCCAAAGGAUCCUGCCUUCUCAAGAUCAUGGUUCUCAGACUCCAACUUUUAUUGCCCCAGGGUUCCAUUUGCCGAAGCAAAAGCACUGAUUUCCAAGUCCAUUAGGUCCUCUCCAAUGGCGGAACGAGUGGUGAAUUGGGCUGCGGGGCCUCGGACGUGAUUCCGGCUGUGCUGCUGGCUACUGUGAGACCAGGGAAAGGCACCCCCCACCGGCCCCGGACGUCAGGGGUCACCAAGCUCAGAGGAGGGCCCCGAAGUCUCUUUCUGGUGGGUUAUGGUCUUUGACCGUUCUAUGUAACAGGAUUGCUUGCUGGGGGGCAGUGGGUUGCAAAUAUGUUUUUAGAAAAAAUUAAAUUCCUGGGCUCAGGUGUUGCUCUAGUGGAGAAGCUCUAGAAUUCCACUGUCCAAUAGAAGCACGAUGUGAUCUGUAUAUGUAAUUGAAAUUUGUCUUAGUAGCCACAUGAAAAAAGGUAGAAGCAGGUGAGAUUAAUCUUAGUUACAGAUUUUAACCUGGUAUUUCUAAAAUAUUAUCAUUUUAACAUGUAAAAAUGAAUAUAAAAAUUAAUGAGAUAUUUUAUAUUCUUUGUUCUUGUACUAGGUCAUCAGAAUCAGGUAUGUAGUGUCUCCUUACAGCGUGUCUCAGUGGGGACCAGCCAUAUUUCCAGUGCUCAGUAGCCACAUGUGGCUAGUGGCUACCAUAUUGGAUAACACAGAUAUGGAACACUUCUAUCCUUGCAGAAAAUUCUAGUGGACAGUGCAGAUAUAGAGCUAGGGGACAUGGGUUUAAGUCCCCACUCCACCACUGUGUAACCUUGAGGAAGGUUCUUAACCUCUCAGAGCCUCAGUUUCUUGUAAAAUGAGGAUAAUCAUAAUACACACCCAGUGUCCACAUUGGAUUUGUAUAACUACAAGAGCUGCUAUUACUACUAAUUACUUCCAUUUAGUGAGCUCCUACUUCCUCCCAGAUGCUUUGCACGUAUUAUUUUUAACCCAUACAAUGACCUUGCAGGUGUGUAUUUUGAUCCUCAUUUCGCAGAUGUGGACACUGAGGAUCAGAGGGGGGAAGUCAUUUGCCCAAGAUAAUACAACCAGUAUGAUAGCCAAAUCAGGGUUUGAACCCAGAGCUGUCUGAGUUCAAUACCCAUUUUUUUUUUUCAGUGCCUUAUGUUAAAUUUAGAAACCUAAGCUAUGCUAUGCAAAUGUUAACUAGUCUAGGAUGGGCUCCAGGAUGGGGUGCAAAUUCAAAUGCCCAGAGGGGUCUGGCAAGGGGCAUAAGUGAAAAUGUUGUGCACUCGGGAGUGAUGGUAACCUGGGGACCCGGAGACUCAUGUGCCAGUCCGAUUUUUAAAAUCACUGUGCUGGACAAAUCAAACCAGGUCUCCAGGAAGAUGUGGUCCAUGGCCCAUGAAUUUGAGACCCUUGGUCUAGUAGGAAUACUUCAGUCCCUUUUUAGAAAUUACUAGUAGACAUGCGUCACUGGUGAUCUUAUUAAAAUGCAGAUUCUGACUCAGCGAGUUUGGGGUGGGGCCAGAGGUUCUGCCUUGCUCUCAGGCUUCCAGGAACUGCUGUUGGUGCUGCUGGUCUGACCCGUACCUUGAGUAACAAGGUAGUAGGGAAUGAUGUGCAGCCAACCAUAAUCUCUUGUUACAAAUGAAGAAGCCAAGUCACAGAGCUGUUAGGUAAUCAUGGUGGGAUUAGGCCUGAUUCUAACAGCAGUGUUCUCAGCUAUGAAGUUGACCUGCACACUUGGAGAAGGUGAUCUGGAAGGUCCCUGAAUUCACUGUGUGGAGGCUGAAUGAGAUCCCAAGGUUAUGAGGAGGAAGGGGGUGGCCAUCAGCAAGCAGAUGCUGGGGGUGCUCCACCCAGUCCCCACUAACUUCGCGCUUCACUGCACACCAGCCAACUCUUCCAACUGCCACCCCUGUGUCUUUCUGCCUGAGGGCUCUCGCUUGCCCCUGGCACCUGCUCUGCCACCCACAGCAGGUCUGGAGGAGUAACACAUCUGAUAACUCCCAGGCGCAUGCUCCACACUGGCUCCUGGAGUUCCCUAGCAGGACUGAACUGACCCACAAUGGUCACUUGCUUGAUAACUCCUCCCCCACCCUUCCCUGUCUCUUUCAUCCUUAACAUGGGAUCACUUCCCAAAUAGACCACUUGCACUGAAAUCCUUGUCUUGGGGUCUGCUAUUGAGGAAAACCCAAACUAAAAUUGGCCUCUGGUGCAGCAAGCUGAGAGUCAGUGGAGGUUAUGGACAUAGACUUUGGAGCAAGAGUGCCUGGGCUCAGCCCUGUUUGCUCAGGCAAGUGACUUAACCGUUCUGUACCUCUGUUUCUUCAUCUAUGAGCUAGGCAUGCUAAUUAUCACUCACCUCACAGCAUGGUCUGGAGGAUUAGACAAUAUGACGAGUAUAAAGUAAGCACUCAGUAAAUGUUUGCUGUUCUUUCUAAUAUAGCAUCCAGACGUAGGAGGAAGUGUGGUCCUAAGAACUGAGUACCCCCCUGCUUUUAGCCUCUCCUGCCCCCCAGCUGAAGGUACAGCCUUGGCGCUCUGCCUGCCCAGCAUCCCCCCACUGCUGCGGGGGGCUGGCCGGCUGCGCCACCGACUGUCUCUGCUCUCUAAGAAUAGGUUUCCCUCACAGAUGGCAUCUCUCUGGAUCCUGCCAGAGCAUCUGGUGCCUCCCAACUGCUCACUCCAGGGAGCAAGGCUGUGUGGUCCUUGCUGAAGAGCAGAGCCCUGGCUUCCAGCAGACCUGGGAGGAGUCCCCACUUGCUUCCCUCCUAGCUGAGCUUCCAUUUCCUAAGAUCUGUAAAACUGGCAUUGCCAAAGGGCCUUUGGCACACAGUAGGCACUCUAUAAAUGCUAGUUCCUGAAAUUGUACAAUGGUUUACAUGUUUAUUAAGCACCUGCCACAUUCCUAUGAAGUCUUCUGACAUGCAAGACUAUAAAAAAUAAUUUUUCAUCAGUAGCCCAUGCUCAUAGUACAGAACUUACAUGGUACAAAAGGUGCAUCACAAGGAAAAGUCGGGCUCUCUCCUACACCCAAGCUCCACCCCCAAACUCCCCCCUUUUGCCAAGAGCAUUCACUGUUAGCACUUUCUAGUGUAGCCUGAGAUAUUCUGUGCACAGCCACCUGUCUUUGUUUUACGAGAAACUGUUUUAGAAGGUUUUUACUUUUUUUUUCCUUAAGUAGGCUCCAUGUUCAGCAUAGAGCCCAGCAAGGGCUUGA